AUGGACUCAGUAACAAAAUCAUUGACGUCUUUGUCGCUCAAUCCCACUUCAGUAAACCAUUCUUCCACCAACUCUCCAGCCGCCUGGCGCGAUGCGCUGACCGCGAAUCCAGAGGUUCCAACCUCUUUCGAGCUCAUAAAAACCCUCGUAUAUAAACCGAAAACGUCAAAAACUGCUACGCCAGUCCCGGUUGUCGUUAUAGCCCGUGAAUAUGCGUCUGUUAACUCCGGAGCGAUCGGGAAAAAGCUCAACCUGAAGGAUUUACGAUUGGCAUCGGAGGAUCUUUUGAAAGAGAUCUUUUCACUAGACAAAGAUUCACUUUCUCCUCUAGCUCUUAACGAAACCAACUUUUCCAAAGUUGUUACUGUGGUGGACGCUUCAAUCUCCACUACCUCCGCUCCUCUCGCCCUUCAUGCACUUACUUCCAGCGCUACAGUGUUCCUGUCCAGCUCAGAUCUGCUCAAAUAUCUGCGUCAUCUAGAGACCGAGGACACUAAGCUUCGAGAGCUUGACCUUCAAAAUCUUGAAACCGCCGCGCCUGCCGCAACUCCUUCCAAAGCUCCUUCAAAAGAGAAGGAAGAUGCUAAGAUUGAAGGGGCGGUUAAGAUUGCGAUCGGAGUCAAGAAGGAGGUUGACUUUUCUACCUGGUACACGAAUGUUCUGUUGAAGGCCGAUAUGUUGGAUUAUUAUAAUGUAUCUGGUUGCUAUAUCCUUAAGCCCUGGUCGUACAGCAUUUGGGAAGAGAUCCAAAGAUGGUUUGACGGAGAGAUCAAAGAGCUGGGCGUUCAAAACUCUUAUUUCCCCAUGUUCGUUUCCGCCAAAGUUCUUGAACGAGAGAAGGAUCAUAUUGAAGGUUUCUCUCCAGAAGUUGCAUGGGUUACAAAGGCUGGAAACUCCGAUUUGGAGGAACCUAUUGCUAUUCGUCCGACGUCUGAAACUGCCAUGUAUCCGUACUACGCCAAGUGGAUCAAAAGCCAUAGAGAUCUUCCUCUGAAACUUAACCAGUGGAACAGUGUUGUGCGAUGGGAGUUCAAAAACCCUCAACCGUUCCUUCGUACUCGUGAAUUCUUGUGGCAAGAAGGCCACACCGCCCACCUCACAAGUGACGAAGCUGACAUCGAAGUACGACAGAUUCUUGACCUUUACCGACGAAUUUAUGAAGAACUUUUGGCGGUCCCCGUUAUUCCUGGUAUCAAGUCCGAGAAGGAAAAGUUUGCUGGAGGUCUUUAUACCACUACUGUCGAAGGUUUUAUUCCUACUACUGGCCGAGGUAUCCAAGGAGCUACUUCCCACUGUCUAGGACAGAAUUUCUCUCGACCGGAGAUGUUCAACAUUGUCGUCGAGGAUCCGACAGAUCCAACCAACCAGCGUAAGACUUAUGUCUGGCAAAAUUCGUGGGGUAUUUCAACACGAGCUAUUGGUGUCAUGGUCAUGGUUCAUGGUGACAACCAAGGAUUGGUGCUUCCUCCACGGGUAGCUAGCAUCCAAGUUGUCGUUGUUCCAUGUGGUAUUACUGUGAACACUAGUAGCGAGACUAGGUCAAGGAUCGAGAGUGCUUGCGAGGAGCUGGCAAAGACGCUAAAGAAGGGUGGAAUCAAAGUCAAGGCUGAUUUGAGAGACGAUAAGACUCCAGGAUACAAAUUCAAUGACUGGGAGCAAAAGGGAGUUCCUCUUCGCCUUGAGAUUGGCCCCAACGAUCUGACGAAGCAACAAACGCUCGCUGUCCGUAGAGAUAACGGCGUCAAGAGUCCCAUUGCAAUUGAGAACAUUACAUCGGCGGUCUCAAACCUCUUAGACACUAUCCAGAGCGAUAUGUUCAAACGGGCCCAAGAAUCUUUCCAUUCUCGUCUCAAGGAAGUUACGAAAUGGGAAGACGUCGUACCUGGACUCGACUCCAAGAACGUCGUGGUCAUACCUUGGUGCGAACGCGAAGCAUGUGAAGACGACAUUAAGGAGCGAAGUGCUAAGGCUUCUGAACCCACCGACGAGCGUGCACCAUCCGCAGGAGCCAAAUCUCUUGCUAUUCCCUUCGACCAGUCUCGCUGGACCGCAAUUGAGCCAGGCAAGACCAAAUGUCCAGCCUGUGGACAAGAUGCGAAACGUUGGACUAUGUUUGGACGAUCAUACUAA